CACUUCCGGGUGGCUCUCACGUCUCUUUACUCUCAAUCCGCUCCCCUUUCCUGUGUGCUCUCGACCGGGGAGGACUGUGGCCGCAGAAGACCCACACGGUUCCUCGGUCGCCGUCUCGUCCCGGGGGGACUCUCGAGGCGCCAUUUCCCCGCGCAGCUGGCCGCCCAUGACGCGAGAUCCGCUGCGGGUGGUGCACGGCGGCGAGCGCUCCUCGUCUGGGCGACAUCUCCGCGCUCAAGUAGCAUCGCUUGCUAACGUUAGCUAACAACAUCGGUAACGACACUUGGUUGACAGCGAACACCGGACGACAGAGGGCUUACUGCCCUCCAUUUAGCACAGGAAACGGAUCGCUUUACUCCACUAACGUUUUAUAUUCAGGGCCCGCAGUUCGAGAGUAGCCCGUCACUUUUAACGAAGCUGUGUUGAAAUUUCCAACAGCACUUUCGAAGCCGCUUCCUUUUCUACCUCAUCACCCCGAUGCCUCGUCGCUCCUCUCCGGAACCUCGACUUUCAUUCUCAGCCCCAUCGGGGCCGUUGCUUGAUACAAUCCGAUGAAGGAGAGUGGCACGGCCGGCAUUUGAAGUCCUCUCCAGCCGUUCCCCUUUUUCCCUUCUCUUGGUGCAGACGGAAGCUAGCGGGCCUAUUUAUCCAGCGCGCACCCACCCAGGAGUGAAAAUCCCAUACUUCCAAUUUGGUCUGAAACCGGAACCCACUCCAGAUUCUGCGUGACCGCGAGCCACGGGUCUCGCCAUGCCGGGUCCGGUGGCCGGUAGCAAGUCCCGCGUGUACGAUGAUGUCAACACACUGAAGAGCCGGGAUUACUGGGACUACGAGGCCCACGUGCCCAACUGGAACAACCAGGAGGACUACCAGCUGGUGCGUAAACUGGGCAGAGGGAAGUAUAGUGAAGUCUUCGAGGCCAUAAACAUCACCAACAAUGAGAAGGUGGUGGUCAAGAUUCUGAAGCCUGUUAAGAAAAAGAAGAUCAAGCGUGAGAUCAAGAUCCUGGAGAACCUGCGAGGUGGGACCAACAUCAUCCGUCUGGUGGAUACAGUUAAAGAUCCUGUGUCCAGAACUCCAGCACUCGUCUUUGAAUGCAUCAAUAACACAGACUUCAAGGAGUUGUACCAGAAGUUGACUGACUAUGAUAUCCGUUUUUAUAUGUAUGAACUACUGAAGGCCCUGGACUACUGUCACAGCAUGGGAAUCAUGCAUCGUGACGUCAAGCCCCACAAUGUGAUGAUCGACCACCAGUUGAGAAAGCUACGCCUUAUAGACUGGGGUUUAGCAGAGUUCUACCACCCUUCCCAGGAGUACAAUGUCAGAGUGGCGUCCCGAUACUUCAAAGGCCCCGAGCUCCUGGUGGAUUACCAGAUGUAUGAUUAUAGUCUAGAUAUGUGGAGCUUGGGCUGUAUGCUUGCCAGUAUGAUCUUCCAGAAAGAGCCCUUCUUCCACGGGCAGGACAACUACGACCAGCUGGUGCGAAUUGCCAAGGUUCUGGGGACAGAUGAGCUAUUCGGCUAUCUGCGUAAAUACCACAUCGAACUUGAUCCACGCUUUAAAGAUCUGCUUGGACAACAGAGCAGGAAGCGCUGGGAGCAGUUUGUGCAGACCGAGAACCAGCAUCUUGUGAGUCCCGAGGCUUUGGACCUUCUGGACAAGCUGCUUCGCUACGACCACCAACAGAGACUGACUGCCACGGAGGCCAUGGAGCAUCCUUACUUCUACCCCGUUGUAAAGGAGCAGUCUCUGUCAAACUCUGACAACAUGGUUUCUAGUGGGAACACCACGGCGCGAUGAAACACAGAAAGUAGAAAGAAGAAGGAUGUUUGUUACCUCAACAUUGUCCGCAGUUGUGGCAGUAACUUUGACAAGUGUACAGUGACAAUGGAUCAAAGUAACUGACCAGUUACAAACUCACAGAUAUGUCCAUACAGACACACACACACACGCACACGCAAGCAGGUAAACAUACACCCUCCUCCUCUGUAUCAGUCUGUGAUUGGCCUGUUCCGGUGUCCUGUCCAGCAGCCUGACCAAUGAGCUUGAAGCUGCUCACUCCCUGACCCCUCCCAUCUCAAUCUCAUAUUACAAGGACAAACUACUUUUAAAGAAAAAUUCCCUCCCCAAGCCUCCAUCCUUCCUUUAUAUCGUCCCACCUCUUUGUUUGCAUCAGCAUGGAAGAUGGACAGGAGUGUGACCCUGUACAAGCCAACACCCCCAACCCCCCAGACUCGUUCAUCCAUGCACCCAUCUGUCUGUCCGCGCUCCUUGCCAUCUUUUACCCUGACAGACAAAUGUCUUAGCACUACUCCAGUUCUGAAAGUGGCAUGGUGGACUCUCUCUAGCUAGAAUGAUGAUAAUAUUAAUGAAAAAUAAAUAAUUUUUAUUUAGA